AUGGCGCCCCGAACCCAGACCGCACCCGCAAGCACCUACCUCCCCCGCCUGCUCCUCGUCUACGCCGCCGACUGGGCCCUCAUCAUCGCCACCAUCGCCUUCGCCGGCUCCAUGUCCUUCUGGGCCACCCCCUCCGCCCGCCCCUUCUCCCUCGCCGACCCCAGCAUCGCCUACCCCUACCAGACCCACGCCAAGAUCUCCACCCCCCUUCUCGUCGUCCUCGCGGGCCUCAUCCCCGCGAUCGCCUGCGUCGCCGUCCCGCUGCUGCUCUCGCCCUCGGCCGCCACGGCGAAGCGCAGGAUCUACGCGGCCAACAAGGCCCUGCUGGGCCUGCUGCUGAGCAUUGCCAUGGCCAUGCUGCUGACGGACGCGCUCAAGAACCUGAUGGGGAAGCCGCGGCCGGAUAUGAUUUCGCGGUGUGCGCCGGCCGAGGAGUUUUUGGCGGCGGCGCAGACGGGGUGGGGGUUGGUGAGCUGGGAGGUGUGUGGGAAUUUGGGGAGUAAGCAGCUGGCGGACGGGUUUAGGAGCUUUCCGAGUGGGCAUGCUAGUAUGAGUUUCGCUGGCCUGACAUACACAUCCCUCUUCCUCGCCUCCUUCAUCUUCAGCAUGCAGAUGCCCUUCGCGCGCACCAUCACGGCCUUCUCCUCCUCCACCGGGAGCGCCUCAUCCGCCGCGCCAUCAGCGCACCCGAAAGUGCCGCAGAUGCUGAGUUUUGCGGUUGUGGCGACGCCGAUGCUGCUGGCGACAUAUGUGGCGUCGACGCGGUGGAGCGACUACCGCCACCACGGGUUCGACGUGCUGUUUGGCAGCUUUGAGGGGAUCGUGUGUGCGCUCGUGGGGUGGGGGUGGUAUGGUGUUUUCUCGUGCCGCAGGGAGGGGGCUGCGGAGAGGGAGAGUGCGGAGGAGGUGGAGAUGAUGACGGGUGGGUUUGGGACGAAGGGGGGGCAGGGGGGCGCGGAUAGGUAUGUGUAG